CCCAAGAUUCCGCUGUUUCGGCAAUGACCUCACCGAUAACGGAGUCGGUAGUGUAAGCAGUGUUGUGUGCUCUCCUUGCAUGGUGGAUGAUGGCCGCUUCAAAGCCCGUUGAGCCGCAGUCCGGGAGCAGUCUCCCUCGCUGGCAGCUGGCCCUCCUGAUCGGAACCCCCAUAGUGCUGGGUGUAGGAGCUGUUUACCUGUGGAACCGCAGCAAGACGAAGGACUCACCGGGGAAACGGAAUGGGGAACGGACAACUCCAGAAGGCAGCGCGAGCCCCGUCCAGGGCCAAGACGGCGCAGCUAACCGAACCAGUCGCGAGCUGGAGGACAUGAGUCCUCUGGACCGGGCCCAGGGUGCUAAGAACAAGGGUAACAAGUACUUCAAAGCUGGGAAGUAUGAGCAGGCCAUCCAGUGUUACACAGAGGCCAUCGGUCUGUGUCCUAGAGACAACCAGACAGACCUGUCCACCUUCUACCAGAACAGAGCUGCUGCCUACGAACAGCAGAUGAUGUGGACAGAGGUGGUGCAGGACUGUACCCAGGCUGUAGAGAUGAACCCACGCUACAUCAAGGCCCUGUUCAGGAGGGCCAAGGCCCUGGAGAGACUGGACAACAAGAAGGAGUGCCUGGAAGAUGUGACGGCGGUGUGUAUCCUGGAGGCCUUCCAGAACCAGCAGAGUAUGCUGCUAGCAGACAAAGUCCUCAAACUGCUGGGGAAGGAGAAGGCCAAAGACAAAUACAAGAACCGUGACCCCCUGAUGCCUUCUCCUCAGUUCAUCAAGUCCUACUUCAGCUCCUUCACCGAUGACAUUAUCUCCCAGCCGCUCCAGAAGGGCGAGAAGAAGGACGAGGACAAGGACAACGAAGGCGAGGCCGCAGAGGUCACAGAAAGUUCUGGUUACCUGAAGGCCAAGCAGUACAUUAACCCCGUCCUAACCUCUAACCUAUCAUCAGUGUGCACUAAGGAGGUGGAGUCUGGGGGGUACACUGCUGAGGCCUUGUUGCUACGGGCAACCUUCUACCUCCUGAUUGGCAACGCCACCGGCGCCCAGCCCGACCUGGACCGGGUCAUCAACAUGGAGGACGCCAACAUCAAGGUAGGGGCCAAUGCUCUGAUCAAGCGUGGCAGUAUGUACAUGCAGCAGCAGCAGCCUAUGAUGUCAACACAGGACUUCAACAUGGCCGCUGAGAUGAGGGACACUGAAACCCGCAACGCAGACGUCUACCACCACCGGGGACAGUUGAAGAUCCUUCUGGACCAGGUGGAGGAGGCCGUCGGAGACUUUGAUGAGUGCAUCCUGCUCAGACCUGACUCUGCUCUGGCACAGGCUCAGAAAUGUUUCGCCCUGUACAGACAGGCGUACACUGGCAACAGCCAGUCCCAGGUGCAGACGGCCAUGGACGGCUUUGAGGACGUCAUCAGGAGGUUCCCUAAGUGUGCCGAGGGGUACGCUCUGUACGCUCAGGCGUUGACUGACCAGCAGCAGUUUGGCAAGGCAGAUCAGAUGUACAACAAGUGUAUUGACCUGGAGCCUGACAACGCUACAACAUAUGUCCACAAGGGGUUGUUGCAGCUCCAGUGGAAGCAGGACUUGGACCUCGGCCUGGACCUCAUCAGCAAGGCCAUCGAGAUUGACAACAAAUGUGACUUUGCCUACGAAACCAUGGGAACUAUCGAAGUUCAAAGGGGCAACCUGGACAAGGCAAUAGACAUGUUCAACAAGGCCAUCAACCUGGCCAAGUCCGAGAUGGAGAUGGCCCACCUCUACUCACUGUGUGACGCAGCAUACGCCCAGACUGAGGUAGCCAGGAAGUAUGGGCUGAAGCCACCCACACUGUAACUACCCUGUCACAUGACCCAAGACCCUCCCACUCUCCACUGCUGAACCUGAUUGUAUUAUAACUGCAGAUGUUUCAGUCAUUUAGUUUUGUAGACAUGCUGGAUAAAUAAAAAAAGAAACUUGAUCUGUGACCAAAUAUCAGCGUUUCCCAAACUCUGUCCGGGGGGGGCAGGCAGAGUUUGGGAAACGCUGCACUACAUGAUCAUAUUUACAUCACGUUGAAUCAAGCUUUGUAACAAAGGAGAGGCUUUACUCUUCACAACCAAGGCCAGAACCCAAACAUCUGGUAAUUAAUGGUCUUAACCCACACACCCCUCUUCCUCAAGGCCCUUAGUUUGACCCACACACCCCUCUGUUUCUUGGUACUUAGUUUAACCCAGAUCACCAACCCUUCCUGUACCUCACUGUCUGGUCUGUUAUCAGAAGCAUGUGAAUGGCCAUGUGAAACCAGGUAUCUACCCAGACAUAAUUCAACCUCCUAAAAUCAAAAGGGAGAUUCUUUCAAAUAGACUUCUCAUUCUCAUUGACUAAUCCAUAUUCGGAAGUAUUUAAGAUGAUUAACGUUGUAUGUUGCCUGCACACUGAGAACGGAAUAGAGUUCCAAUGGACUGUUCAUUUGUUUGUUACUCUUCUCUUCCACGUUUCUGUCCAGACACUUCCAUAUCCUCAAGAUGAUGUAACAUUAUCGAAUGGCAAAUUAAAUGAAGAAUUCAAAUGUUA